AUGAUUCUCUUGCAGCCAACUCUGCUGACCUCCGAUGCUCUGCACAUGCCUCUUGGCUUAGCCAUUUUUUUGCCCCCUGCAACCAACUCCGUCUACGGCGAGAACAUUGCCACCCGCAUCGAUGACAUUCAUCGUCUCCGUGAUGCCCAGCAGCGCUGGCUGGUUCUACGCCGCAUUGAACACUACCUCACCCAAAUGCGCCGAGAGGAGAAUCUGCUCUUACGAGAGCUCGGAGCCUUGCUGCGAUGGGAACUCGAGGUCUUUGGCCGCCUGCCCUCCUCACCUGUAGAGCGUGGUUCAAAUAGCAGCUUGGCUGCCUUUGACGCUGCAACGGAGAGCUGGGCGACCGAAGCUGAGCAAUCGCUGCACGCCAAGCUUCAGCAACUGGAUGCGCGCAAGAGCCGCGCCUCACCGACGGGCCUUGAACGUGCCGUGGCACUACCAUUUCGCCUCUUGCGUGCUUGGCCGGUCUAUGCUGCCGGUUUUGGCCUAGGGUUGCUUGGUUUGAGUAUCUGGAAAGGUUUGAACCUCACAGACUAUGCCAAGGAACGGCUGGUCGACGUGUACACGCUCGUCUAUAACUUUACCAAGCAACGCUUGUACCAGCGCAUGGUGCGCGAUUUUGCCGUGGACUUUCAUCGUCUCGAAGUGGACGUCUCGUCUUUGCAGCAACAGGUGCGCGAAGGCGACCUGACCAUUGUCAUGCAGGACUUUGAGGAAGGCAUCCGCAAGCCUUUGAGCCAUGUCGUGGAUGGCAGCCUGCUUCGCACCAUCUUGAUCCAGAUCCAAAAGGCCAAGGUGGAUAUUCAACAGGCCCUGUCUGGCAUGGACAAGCUCAUGCGCAGCAAUGAAUUGACAUUCCAACUGAUUGCCCUCCUACCAGCCGUGGGUGUGGCUUGGGCGUCGAUCAACGGCCUCCGCCACCUGGUUCAGGGACGCUUUGCUCGGAGUUUUCGCGCCGAGCAACGAGGCGUGCAGACGGCACUGACCGAUGUUGAGCGCGCUGUUCUGGCUGUGGGCGUUGCGGGUGGUGUGGACACGAACCGGCGCACCGGCGAGCUCGUCGUGGCCUGUUGGAAUUUUAGUCGCCAAGUUCAGAAUCACUCGCGGCUAGACGCGGAUGUCCACGAGGAAAUGCUGGACGACGUGGCUGCCAUUUUGUCUGUUGAGCAGCAAGCACUUUCCAACGAAGCCAGCGUUGAUCAACUUACAGACCGGCGCCUCCGCAUCGUCUCCAUCCUGCGCAUCAACCUCAUGUCUGAGACACAGUCAUCCCUCCUCAGCCUCUUCUAAACCUUCCCCUCCCUCAAGGCCAACCAGCACCAAGGGCCAGACCCUCCCAUAUGAGUGAGCCAACGAAGAAACGAGUGAAUCAAUUGUCUGACAAUUC